AAGAAGAAGAAGAAGCCAAAGAAGAAGAAGAAGAACGCACUCUUAAACAACCAGACAAAUAUUCAGAAAGUCCGGAAGUACAAAGAAAAUACAACAUGCUAACCUAGCAUGUAAAUGCCGAUGUUAUUUGGAUAAUAACAUAGAUUUGUUUUGUCAGAUACAAUAACCACAUAGGUAGAGGACACGUUUAUUCAUAUCUUAUUACUCAAUUGGACGAUCUAAGUCAAGAUGGGAGGAGGUGACCUCAACUUGAAGAAGAGCUGGCAUCCCCAGACUAUGAAAAACAUAGAGCGGGUGUGGAAGGCUGAACAGAAGCACGAGGCUGAGGCGAAGAAGAUCGAGGAGCUUCAGAAGGAGCUGAGAGAGGAACGAGCUCGAGAAGAUAUUACCAGAUUCGCUCAGCAGACUGGGGCUCUAAAGAAAAAAGAUGACCGGUUGGACUGGAUGUACCAGGGGCCAGGUGGUCAGGUGUCCCGUGAUGAGUACCUGCUGGGCCGCCCCAUCGACAAGCAGAUCACCCAGCAGUUUGAGGAGCCAGAGAGCGGUCCAUCCGAACAAACCGGCCUGCUGCCUGGCUCAAUCUUCAACCCCUCCACCCCUGCAUCCAACCUUGACAUGGCUGCCAAGAUCAGAGAGGACCCGCUGUUUGAUAUCAAGAAACGGGAGGAGGAGAAGAAGAGGGAGGUCUUGACAAACCCAGUGAAAAUGAAGAAGAUCAAAGAAAUGCUGCGUCAGAAUCUUGAAAAGAAAGACAAGAAAAAGAAGAGGAAGAAGGACAAGAAGGAGAAAAGGGAAGAGAAAGAGAGGAGAAAGGAGAAGAAGCAUAAGAGAAGGAGCUUGAGCUCAAGCUCUGUGGAUGAAGACAAAAUACACAGGCACCAUUCUAAAGAGGAAUCCAAAGAAACAACCCACUCACAUUCCCACCAUCGCAGUGUCCCCGCUGGCUAUGGACUACAGUUUCCAGCUGGGAGGCAUCAUCAUUCCUCAAAGCCCACCAACCACUUAAGGCACCGUUCUCAGGAGAGGAGCCGCUCUCGAUCGCCUCAAAGGACAGACUGGAACGGCCAUCAUUCCUCCAUCAGGACAGACAACCACUCCUCUCACAAAUCAGAGAACCACUCAUCCCACAGGACAGACCAGUUUAAAGUUCCACAGUUCCAGCGCCCCAAAGCUCCCCCCAGCCCACAGAAAGAUCGCUACCAAAGGCGUCAGAGCAGUACUACCAAACGUCUCUCUGCUGAAGCGCUGGAGAAGAAGAGGAGGGAGAUGAUGGACUUUGCCAAACAGAGAGACGAAGAGCGUGAAAGCAACAUUAGAAGUUACAAACGACAGGAUGAACAGGAGAAGGAGCGGGAGAAAGAGAAAGGCGGCAAGCAUGACCGCAAUGCUGGCUUUAUCCAUAACAUGAAGCUGGAGAGUGCCUCCACCUCUUCCUUGGAGGACCGAGUCAAGAGAAACAUCCACUCCAUACAGAGGACCCCCGCAUCCCUGGAGAAGAAUUUCAUGAGGAGAUGAGAACUAGAAGAAGCAGGAAUGGGUUGAUUGAGGAGAGAGUAAAAAUAUGCACGAGCUACCACACUGAAAUAUGUGCACCGGUUUGCCAGGACUGCCAACUAAUUUAUAAUUUAAUAAACAAAACAGACACUGCAGAGGCACCAUGCAUUUGUACUCGGGGCCCUGUGAAACUGCCCCUUAGCCAUUGCACUGACUAAAGCAAUGCAAAGGAUCUGACUUCCUCUGUAAUGGAAAAACUCACCUGUGCCAUUCACCAGCAACAGCAAGCCAUACUCACCUUUUAUAGAAUGAGCAAUGUUGGAUUUAUUUUAAGUGGAAAUUGUAUAUUGUGUUCUCUGUAAUGAUUAGGAUUAUUCAAACUUUUAUCAGACACAACCCUUUUGUAAAUGAUGCUUCUUGGAAAUCUUUAGUGUAUUGCUGUAACGAGAAUAAUUUUGGAUCUUAAUAAAAAAUUGUUCCUAGAG